GUCGGUAGAAUGUGUCCUACCGGAAACUGCUCCGGAGUCCAAAGGUUCCUAGUUCAAAUGGUUCCACAGGCAGGAUAGCUUCGUGCAACAUGUCCCCUCAUUCAUUAAGCAGAGUAUGUUGGGCGGUGAGGCUCAUAAAUGGUUUAUAACUUGUUUUUCAAGCCUGUGCAUGCAGCGACUGUCUGUGUAAAUAAAGCUGUGAAGACUCGAGAAGGCGGUGCCCAUGCUGUGUGACAGGAGAUGAAGGUUAACAAAAACCUAUAACAUUUUGAAAAAAAAAAACCUCAUUCCGUCACCAGGAUGUCGCAAAUCAAGUCACCUGAAAAGAAAAGGCCUCGCAAAAGUUUAUCCCUAUCAAAGAAUAGAACCAGCGGUAGUCCUAAAAGCAAAACUUCAAAGUCUUCCACGAUCGAAGCACUUUUUAAAAAUGCUCCCCCUGCAAAACUCUCCUGUCCUCUAUGCAAGGAAUUGGUACCUCGAUUUGGGAUUAGCAGACACAUGGAUGAGUCAUGCCCAAAAGCAAACAAUGAUGAAAAGGAUGUGAUCCUUAUUGAGGAUGAUGACUGUGUUAUAUCAAAUGUGCCAAGAUCACAACCGCAAGAAGACAAUACCAGUAUAGCAACAACGACUGAAGUGACUGUGAGACCAUCUGCAAAACUAGAUAAAAAUGAAAAGCAAAUCAGCCCAUAUUUUAAUAAAAAUGGACCUAUUUCUAACAUCCCUAAUGAAUUGCCAAUUUUGAAAUCUGCAGCUUCCAGAAGCCUUUCUUCCAGACUUACCAGAAAAUACCAAACACGUAAAGUAAAAAGAGACUUAAGCAAAGAUGUGAAUCCUCCGGUUCCAGUAGAAGAAUCAGGACAUACUGAGGGUUCCACACAAGAUACAAGUGAUGUAAAAAACUCUACUCUGCAUACAGAAACUAUUCUUAAAAUUGAAGAAAAUAGACAAAAACAAAUUAUUGAUAAUAUUUACCAAAGUAUUGAUUGCUGUUCUAAUUCAUCUGAAUGUAUUGAUAAAGUUAAGUCUGCCAAAGAACUACACAGUGCCAAAUUAGAAGAAUGUACUUUCCUGGGAGCCAACCAUGGUAAAAUAUCUGAACAUGGUAAUUUAUGCGGAGACUCUACCGCAUUGUGCAAGCAGUAUGACAAGAAAGCAAACAUGUCCUCUCCUGAUGACAAGAGUCCACUCCAUCCUCUGGUAGACUCCAAUGUUUUAGAUGAAUUUUCAAAACCAUUUUAUGAUGAAGACUACCAAAAUAAAGGAGAGAAUAUAGAAAAUGGUACCGAUAGCAGUAUGCGGGAAUCUACAAAUGAAGAUUCUAGACACCCGUACUAUCUACGGAACUUCCUUAUGGUCCUCAACACAAUCAUGGAAUGUGACGAUGAUAUGAGUCUUUUUAAUGAAGCAGACUGUAGCACUUUGACAUCAUUCUUUAAGCUUUCAGCUGGUAGUCAGAAGUUGUAUGUGCGACUUUUUCAACGUAAACUAAACUGGAUAAAGGUUAACAAGAUUGAGUAUUCGGAGAUUGGAUCAGACCUUGUUCCAUUCAUUGAAGAACUUGUCCAGAACAAAUUCCUGCAAUCAGACUCAGAAUUGCAAGAGCUAUCCGAAGCCCUGGACCUUCUUCCAGCACCAGAACUGAAGACUUUGGCGAAGGGAUUUCACUUGGCUAAUGCUACUGCUCAAAAACAGCAGCUGGUAGACGAGUUCCUGCGUUUGUCUCGGCAGCGUUCGUUUUUCAGCAUGGGAAAGAACCAACUUGGCAUUGCUGCUGUCAUCCUUAAAAAGUGUAAGCAGCUUAUUGGACGUGCAGUACGUGUGUGCAGAGAGCCCAGGGCUGUGUUCUCACGUGUUCUUCUCCUUUUCUCCUUGACUGAUUCAAUGGAAGUUGAAGAGGCUGCUGGUGGAGGACAAUCUCAGCUCUCUACAGUGCUCAUGGUUAACAUGGGGCGAGUGAUAUUUCCACCAUACACUGUCAGUAAGACCACCAGGAUCUUUCAGGAUCGAGAAGACCUAAUGAGAUAUGAGUCUGCAAUGCAUAAGCUGGUGGAGCUUGUUGUUACUAUGACUAAUGGAAAUUGGAAAGAAGCACAUCUGCUUUAUCAGAAUGCUGGUAAGGACUGGGAUGAGCUGACGAGUGAUGUGGUGCUAAGGCACCAUGAAUCACUGCCUGUAUACCUGCGCUCCUUUACUUUUGGUUGGGUGUAUACCAGAAUUCGUUCAAGAGGAGUAGAGAUCCUACAGAGGCUACACUUGUAUUCGGAAGCUGUGGAUUUGCUGCAAACUCUCUUGUCUCAGCAUGUAUACUGCCCUGACAGCAGAGGUCGCUGGUGGGAUCGACUGGUCCUCAACCUGCACCAGCAUUUGAAGUGCACAGAGAAGGCUAUUGGCUUCAUCAUGGAAGGCUUGUCAGAUCCUUUUGUGCGGACAGGUCACAAACUUUCUCUUUACCAACGAGCUGUCCGAAUGAGAGAAUCUCCAAGCUGCAAAAAGUUCCACCACAUGUUUUCUGAUCUACCAAAGCUCGAAGUAGAUGAUGUCCCUCAUGUUACCAUCAAAGGCAAGCUGUAUCCUAACACUGGGAUGGGCAAAUCUGUGUUUUUGAUGGAGGACAUCACUGGGGAUCUUGGGGAAGAUAAUAGUGUUUCGACUGUGAUGUGUUCAGUGGAGGAAUUGGCUCUGGCCCAUUACAGAGAUCAGGGCUUUGAUCAAGGAAUCCACGGGGAAGGAUCCACAUUCAGCACAUUAUAUGGUUUACUUAUGUGGGACAUUAUAUUUAUGGAGGGUAUUCCAGAUGUCUUUAGAAAUUCAUACCAGUCCUUUCCUCUAGAUUUAUAUACAGACUGUUUCUUUGAGAAUAGAAGGGAAGCUGUAGAGACGCGGCUACGGCUCCUAGAGGAAUCCUGCCCAGAAACCCUUGUCCAGAUGAUUGCUGAUGUGUGGAGUGCUCAUGAGGGUGAAGCAGGAGCACUGGUCAGCUGGGAGCGGUUCACCUCUCUACAACAAGCCCAGAGCCUGGUGUCCUGCUUUGGAGGACCUUUUUUAAGUGGCGUGUGCAAGAUCAUGUCAAAAGACAUAAGACAUUGCAGAGGAGGACUCCCUGACUUAGUUAUAUGGAACAUGCAGACAAAACAAUACAAGCUGGUGGAGGUGAAAGGUCCCACUGAUCGCCUGUCGCACAAACAGAUGGUGUGGUUACACGAGCUAAACAAGUUGGGUGCUACAGUCGAAGUGUGUCACGUGGUUGCUAUUGGGGCCAAAAGUAAUAGACUUAACUAAUUGAAUCAAAUAAAAUGAAUGCAUUUUUGUA